GGAAGCAGAGAAGACGUCGAGUGUCCUCAGUCACCCACCGGUGCCGCCUCCUCUCCGCUCCGCUGCUGAGGACAGACUCACAGUGGUAACUUCUGCAAGGGGACACGGGAAGGGCUGCAGAGAGAAGUCUAAACCUGCCAUUGCUGCUGAUCUCCUUGGGAAAUCCAUCAAGGGUUUGUCUAUUUCUGUGAGGACUUCUCCAGGCUUCAUCACCCCUUGCUGACUGACACACUGUAGAGUCUGCCAUGUCUGUUUGAACUCAGCUCUUCCUGCAGCCAUGGCCCAACAGAGCGCAAAGCUGUCCCACUGCUAGGUGACAGGGCACCUGAGAGGGCAGGAGACAUGUUGGGACAGUGGUCUGAGGAUAACUGCACUGAAUUCUGUUACUAUAGCAACUACUGUAGUAACCAUGGAAACGCUGCGGAGGACUGCUCUGGUCUGCACUGUCAUCGUCAUCAUGGCUGCCACCGAGGUCGCAGGAGGUCACAGAGAUGAGUUUUCUCAAUCACAAGCUGUUUUCCUGUCCAGUCUAGGCCAGUAUGAGGUUGCCAUCCCAGUACGUGUAGGGCCUAAUGGCGAGACGCUGGACACACAAACGCCUCAGCACCACCGAAGAAGACGCAGCACUGAAGAAAGGCUGCCCGACUCUGUAUUAUAUCUUCUACCCACAUCCCGUAACACCUGCCUGCUGACCCUGACGCUGCAGGGAGGCCUGCUAUCCCGGCAGUUCAGAGUGGAGUACUGGAAGAGGGGUCGAUUAGCCUGGAGUCACCCUUACUCUCCCCACUGCCACUACGUAGGACACCUCCAAGACCAGCCACACUCCAGCAAGGUGGCCCUGAGUGACUGUAAUGGCCUGCAGGGGGUGAUUGUUGCAGGGGGAGAGGAGUACCUGAUUGAACCCCUUGUCUCACCAGAUAACCAGACCAGAACAGAGAGGGAGGAGAGAGCAGAGGGGCGCCCCCAUGUGGUUUACAAGCGGUCAUCGCUCCGCUAUCAGUACAAGGGCCAAUCUUGUGGAGUCAUUGAUGAGAAGCCGAUUAAGGGCUGGUCAUGGUGGCAGCAGACAUUGAAGACACCUCCCCAUCAGGUCGGUCGCGGCCAGCUGCCUCUGAAGACUCCUCCCCAUCAUGUCGGUCGCGGCCAGCUGCCUCUGAAGCGUUCAGUUAGCCGAGAGCGCUACGUGGAAACACUGGUGGUAGCUGACAAGAUGAUGGUUGGUUACCAUGGUCGCAGGGACAUCGAGCAGUACAUCCUGGCUGUCAUGAAUAUUGUUGCCAAACUGUUCCAGGAUUCUAGCCUGGGGAAUGCAGUCAACAUUGUUGUGACACGGCUUAUUCUGCUCAUGGAAGACCAGCCAACACUGGAGAUCAACCACCAUGCAGGGAAGUCUUUAGACAGCUUCUGUAAAUGGCAGAGAACCAUCCAGCACCGAAGCAGCUAUGGGAACGCCAUACCAGACAAUGGCAUCGCUCACCAUGACACCGCUGUGCUUAUCACCAGAUAUGACAUCUGCAUCCAAAAAAACAAGCCCUGUGAAACCCUAGGCCUGGCUCCUGUAGGAGGGAUGUGUGAGCCAGAGAGGAGCUGCAGCAUCAAUGAGGAUAUCGGCCUGGGAACGGCUUUCACUAUUGCCCAUGAGAUAGGACACACGUUCGGGAUGAACCAUGACGGUAUGGGUAAUGCCUGUGGCCCCCGCAGCCAGGAGACGGCCAAGCUGAUGGCUGACCACAUCACCAUGAAGACAAACCCGUUCAUCUGGUCCGCCUGUAGCCGGGAUUAUAUCACCAGCUUCCUGGACUCAGGUAUGGGCUCCUGUCUGAACAAUGUCCCCCCCAAGCAGGAGUUUGUGUACCCCACCACAGCCCCUGGUCAGGCCUAUGAUGCAGACGAACAGUGCCGCUUCCAGUACGGCAUCAGGUCUCGACAAUGUAAAUAUGCGGAAGUCUGCAGUGAACUUUGGUGCAUGAGUAAGAGCAACCGUUGUAUCACCACCAGCAUUCCCGCUGCAGAGGGAACCAUCUGUCAGACCAACACCAUAGAGAAAGGAUGGUGCUACAAGAGGAUGUGUGUGGCUUAUGGGACUCAUCCGGAGGGUGUGGAUGGAGGCUGGGGGUUGUGGUCACCCUGGGAGGAGUGCAGCAGGACAUGUGGAGGUGGAGUCUCCUCUUCUGUCAGACACUGCGACAGUCCCAGGCCAACCAUCGGUGGAAAGUAUUGUCUAGGGGAGAGAAAGCGCUUCAGGUCCUGCAAUAUAGACGAGUGCCCUGCAGGCUCGCGGGAUUUCCGGGAGAUUCAGUGCUCUAACUUUGACAGCGUUCCAUUCCGGGGGAAAUUUUAUACCUGGAAGCCGUACAGAGGGGGUGGGGUGAAGCCCUGCUCUCUCAACUGCCUGGCCGAGGGUUACAAUUUCUACACAGAGCGUGCUCCAGCUGUGGUGGACGGCACACUCUGUAGAGAUGACUCGCUGGAUGUGUGUGUGAACGGGGAGUGUAAGCACGUAGGCUGUGAUCGCAUCCUCGGCUCGGACGUUCGCGAGGACCGCUGCCGGAUCUGCGGGGGUGACGGGAGCAGCUGUGUGUCUGUGGAAGGAGUCUUCAAUGACUCGCUGCCUGAAGGAGGUUAUGAAGAGGUGGUCAGAAUUCCUAAAGGAUCUGUGUUCAUCCACAUACAUGAGCUCAACAUCUCCCUCAACUACCUUGUGCUAAAGAGUAAAGGUGACCAGUACUUUAUCAAUGGGAAGCUGACUAUUGACACGCCACGCAGAUUUGAUAUUGCCAGCACCACCUUCCACUACAGGCGGCCCACCGAUGGACCAGAAACUCUUGAAGCUCUAGGGCCAACAAACAUAAGUCUUAUUGUCAUGGUGCUGGUGAGGGAGGAGAACCCAGGGAUCCACUACCGUUUCAACCCCCCAGUCAGUAGAGAUCCUGUGGGCGGCUUCGCUUGGCACUACACCUCCUGGUCACGAUGCUCGGCUCUCUGCGCUGGAGGCGCGCAGAACCAGCAGGUGGUGUGCAAGAAGCAGGCGGAUCAUUCGGUCGUCAGCAACCACUUCUGUGAAAAGAAGAACAAACCCAAAGAGAAGAGAAGAUCCUGCAACACUGAGCCAUGCUCCCCAAACUGGUGGACAGGAGAUUGGUCUGAGUGCAGCCGCAGCUGUAACAGCGGCCUGCAGACUCGGCAGGUUUUGUGUAAAAGGAGGAUCUCUGUGACAGAGGAGAAAGUAUUGGACGACUCCGCCUGCACUGCCCCACGCCCCUCACUCACGGAGCCCUGCCACAACCACAGCUGCCCCCCUGAAUGGCUGGCCCUGGACUGGUCAGAGUGUACACCCAGCUGUGGCCCUGGCUACAGGCACCGUGUGGUGUUGUGUAAGAGCGGGGAGAGCGGUGACACGCUGCCAGAGUCCAGGUGCCCCAAACAGGGCCGUCCCACCUCCAGGGUACGCUGUAACCUGCAGCGCUGCCCUCCCCCUCAGUGGGUGACAGGUCCUUGGGGAGAGUGUUCUGCCAAGUGUGGUUUGGGUCAGGAGAUGCGUUCAGUAAAAUGUCUGACACACACCAGCCACCCAUCCAGUGAGUGUUUGGACCAUCAGCGGCCAGCAGCCACGCAGCAGUGCAAGAGCAAAUGUGCCGUCAGUCUGCCCAUCAGUACAGACAACCCUGAAGAGUGUAAAGAUGUGAACACUGUGGCUUACUGCCCCCUGGUGCUCAGGUUCAAGUUCUGCAGCCGGCCAUAUUUCAGACAAAUGUGCUGCAAGACCUGCCAGGGACACUGACACCAUGAAACUCACAGCAUCCAU